AUGUUAGCUCCUAACUUUCAUCCUACGCCAGUUCCGUCCGACCCUGUGGAGAGCGGUUCAUCUUACUCCCCCGACGAGGUCCCGUCUUAUGGCGGACACGGCAUUCUCGAGAUUCUCGAGGUGAUCCGUUUCCUCGAGAGAAAUGGAAUCGAGUGCUGUAUAGUUGGCGUCUCGGCGCUAAUUUUCUACGGCGCUGGGCGAGUGCGAGAUGAAUGGGAUCUCUGCGUUCCCGAUGACAAGGUGGUCGAAGCCGCCAAUCUUCUCAGCACUGGUUCCAUGGCGCACAGGGUCCAUCCCGUGCCCUCCAUCCCUAUCCCUCAACCUUUCUCCCUCAGUCAUACAUACCACCGCUUCAAAGGGAAUGGCGUCCACUUCUAUUUCCUCCUCGUGCCCGCAUACCACGUCCAUAUUCCCUACGGUCCCUUCUCUAUACAGCGCAGUCUCAAUGGGAUCCCCUACCCCACUCUACCUGUCCUCUUGCAGAGCUUCUUGGAUAUGAACGAUGAUGUGUCGCUGUGCGAUUGCGUCGAUGGGAGCAAUGUGUCGGAAGAAUGGGGAACCAGGAACUUACAAUUGGAUGGAACCAAUGACCUGAAGUGGACGCAGACAAUGAACGUCGCCGCUGCAGAAGCCGCCCGGGGAAGAGGGUGGAUGUUCGUUCACUACUACCCAACAUCAACCAUCAGUCGGCAGGAAAAAUGGGAGUCAAGAGUGCGAAGCAAGAAAGCAAGAUUAGGCUGGACAACGCCCGAAUCGCUAUUCGAUACGCGGUUCCGGCUGAAAGGCUCGCCCGAUCCCUGGACAAAGAAGCUGAUAUCAAGCUAA